CUUUACCCAGAUCACUACCGAACGUUGCCGCCAUAAUGAACGCACUUACCAUAGUAACGCUCGGUCUCAUUCUCGCAGUUGUUGCAGAGUCACGUGGUAUCACUGGGGGUCUUGGUCCUCAGCAGUUUGCAGGUCCAGGGGAGCAGGCAUUAGUACAAACGAACCGUGAUGCUAUUCUUAGAAAGCUGCCGUCGUUCAUGUCAGGACCAUUUGGACCUCUGAAAGCUUUGGUUUACCGCAAACAAGUCGUCAAGGGAACUAAUUAUUUCAUUAAGGUAAAAAUGAUGGGCGUGCAGCCGCGAUUUUUACACGUUAAGAUCUACACUGGCCUGAAUAACAGAAGUCAUGUCAAGGACGUCGAGGUGCGAGCCCAGUAUGAUCCACUCGAAUUCUUCUGAUCUCAUCGUUCAGUAUGAUCCAAUCGAAUUCUUCUGAUCUCAUUGUUCAGCAGAACGGGAUCUCAGUGUAACAAGAGACGAUAUUAAACAACUUGUUCUUUCGAUGUGUUAUUCUCUUUUGAGGAUAAACUUCAUUAAUAUUUGUUCUCUUUUCUCGGCAUCUGAAUAAAUUUCAAGCAUACUCUU